AUGGAGUACCAACAAUUGCUAAUAGCUUUUUGCUUCUAUUCACUUUUUAUACAACAAUCUCAGCUUACAUAUGCUGGAAAACAUCUUUGUGCCCGCAAUGAAGCUUUUUAUUUGCUUCAAUUUAAACAAGGCCUCACCGUUGAUCAAAAUGCUUUUCACUAUAGUUGUGACGACUUGGCCCAAGCCAAGACUUUGUCCUGGAAUGUUACAGGAGAUUGUUGUGAAUGGGAUGGUGUUACUUGCAAUCGAUUUACGGGUCAUGUCAUAGGCCUCGAUCUUUCUUCAAGCUGUCUUAAGGGAACCAUCUAUGCUAACAGCAGCCUCACAAAACUUGGUCAUCUCCAAAGACUCAACCUUGCCUUCAACGACUUGGAUGACUUUCCACUUGGAAAUAGUAUUAGUAAACUCAGAAGAUUGACGCAUCUCAAUCUUUCGNUCCAUGCUAACAAUAGCCUCACAAAACUUGUUCAUCUCCAAAGACUCAACCUUGCUUUCAAUGAGUUGAAUGGCUUUCCACUUGGAAAUAGUAUUGGUGAACUCACUAGUUUGAUGCAUCUCAAUCUUUUGGAUUCUGGAUUUCUGAAAGGGAAGAUGAUUCCACCAGGAUUAUCCAAGUUGUCUAAGUUGAUUUCACUUGACCUCACCUGGAAUUUCAUCCAAGUUGGCCAAACAACCUUGAGAAGUUUUCUGCACAACUUAACCAACUUAGAGGUACUGUUGUUUCGCAAUGUGCACGCACCAUUUGAGUUACCUAAUAAUUUUCCAUCUUCCCUUAGGAAACUAAGUCUUGAGGGCACCGACAUGUUUGGGAACAUAACUGAUUCUCAGCUUUUUCAUCUACCAAACUUGCAAGUCCUGAGAUUGGGAUGGAAUCCUUUAAUAACAGGCACUUUGCCGAAUUUUAAUUGGAGUUUCAGUGGAAGUAUUUUAGAGUUGGACUUUUCCCAUACUGGUAUUUUUGGGAAGGUACCUGAUUCUAUUGGUAAUCUCCAUUCUCUUUGCUAUUUAGAUCUCUCUUCCAACAGUUUAUCUGGCUCGAUUCCAGAAUCCUUUGGCAAUCUAACUGCAGUCACAGAGUUGACGCUUACAGGUAACAGCUUCACUGGUAAUGUUCUCUCAAGUAUCUCAAAAUUAAACAAACUUGUUCAUUUAGAUCUCUCAUACAACCAUUUUCAAGGCUCAUUUCCAGAAUCCAUUGGCAACCUCACAAAAAUCUUAAAGUUAACGCUUCAAUGUAACAACUUCACUGGUACUGUUCCCUCAACUAUCUCAAAAUUAAAUAAACUCUAUGAAUUAGAUCUCUCUUCCAACAAUUUUCUAGGCUCGAUUCCAGAAUCCAUUGGUAACCUCACUGCAAUUACAAAGUUGACACUUUUACGUAACAACUUCACUGGUAUUAUUCUCUCAUCUAUCUCAAAAUUAAUCAAACUCUAUGAUUUAGAUCUCACUUCCAAUCACUUUCGAGGCUCGAUUCCAGAAUCCAUUGGCAACCUCACUGCAAUCACAGAGUUGAGACUUACAGAUAACAGCUUCACCGGAAAUGUUCCCUCAACUAUCGGAAAGCUGAACAAACUUAGCUUCAUAUCUCUCUCUUCCAAUAAUUUUGAAGGCUCGAUUCCAGACAUCUUUGGCAACUUUUCAGAGCUAGAUACUUUAAAUUUUCAAAGUAACAAUUUCACUGGCCCAUUCCCAGAUUCAAUUGCAACGUUGACUCGCUUUAUACUCUUACAGUUGCAAAACAAUUCACUAACUGGUCCACUUCCCUCUAAUAUAAGUGGACUUCAAGAGCUACAACAACUUGAUUUGUCCUUCAAUUACUUCACUGGCGCAACACCCCCUUGGUUAUUCCAUCUUCCAUCCUUGACUGAUUUGUCUGUUCAAUACAAUCAGUUAACUGGGAAAUUGCCAACUAAGCUCAAGGGAAGUUCCUCAGAAUACUUUAGUAUUGAUCUGUCGCACAACAAUCUGCAUGGCAAAAUCCCUGAUUGGAUGUUAUCAUCCUUAAGCAAGGGUAGCCUGGAUAUCUCUCAUAACUUCCUCACAGGCUUUGAAAAACAAGUAUGGCCUACAAUGUAUUUGUGGUCGCUUAAUUUGGGAAACAAUUUUCUUCAAGGGCCUUUGCAUCAAUCCAUUUGUGACUUGUAUAACCUUCAGGUCCUCAUUUUGGCUCAGAACAAUUUCAGUGGUUCAAUCCCAGGAUGUUUGGGAAACUUCAGUAGACGCAUUUCUAUUAUAGACUUGCGAAUGAACAAUUUUCAUGGAGAGAUACCAAUAUUCUUAUCGACAAGCUUACAAUAUCUUGGUGUUUAUGGCAAUCAAUUGGUGGGACAAGUCCCGCGAUCCUUGAUUAACUGUACAAGAUUGGUAGCUCUUGAUUUGGGGAACAACAAGAUCAAUGACACGUUCCCCAUAUGGCUUGAGAAACUUCCAUACCUACGAGUUCUGAUUCUGAAAUCAAAUCUCUUUCACGGUCCAAUUGGUUAUUUGGAGUCUGAAUUUCCAUUUCCUGAGUUACGGAUCUUUGACCUUUCCUGCAAUGGGUUCACUGGAACUUUGUCAUCUAAUCUUUUCAAAAGUUUCAGAGGUAUGAUGGAUGUUGAUGAAGAAAAGAAAAGAAUUACUCGAAAAAGUACAAGACAUGACACAUAUUACCUUUACCAUGUAAGUUUGGUUAUAAAAGGUAAUCAGUUUGAUAUGAGAAUCACGUCAAUUAUGACGAGUGUUGAUUUAUCAAGCAACAGGUUUGAAGGAGAUAUUCCAAAUUCCAUUGGAAAUCUGAGCUCACUUGUGUUACUCAACCUGUCCCACAACAGCUUCCGUGGUCCUAUUCCUGCAGAAUUUGCACAAUUGCAGCAGCUCGAAGCAUUAGAUCUCUCAUGGAACAGACUCAUUGGAGAAAUUUCAGGUCAAUUGUCGAGUUUGACAUUUCUUGCGGUCUUAAACCUCUCCUACAAUCAUCUGGCUGGGCCCAUUCCUACUGGGAAACAGUUCAAUACAUUUCCAAAUGAUUCGUAUUGUGGAAAUCCUGAUUUAUGUGGAUUUCCACUGUUUAAAGAAUGUGGAAACAAUAAUGAAUCACCACUUGAACACGAUGAUGAUGAUGAUGAUGAUUCAUUUUUUAUGAGCGGGUUCACAUGGGAAGCAGUGGUAAUAGGUUAUGGUUGUGGUAUGAUAUUUGGAUUGUUGAUAGGAGGCCUCAUGUUUCUAUUGGAAAAACCAAAAUGGUAUGUGAACUUUGCUGAAGAUAUUGCUCAGCAAAUUGCUGCUAACAAACGAACAAGGCAAAAGAAGAGACGCCAAAGACGUGGUUUAAGAAUGAACUAG